AUGGCCGAAAAUGCCGAGACAAGUGGCGAUAAGCACGUCACCUUCAAGGUGAAGACAUCUGCCGACAGCAACCACACCAUCACAAUGGCCGAGUCGGCCACCGUCUCGGAGCUCAAGACCAAGCUUGCUGGCCAAGAUUUCGAGCACAUCCCUGUCGAGAGACAACGCCUCAUCUACUCUGGCCGCGUCAUGAAGAAUGACGAGACCCUCGGAUCCUACAACAUCAAGCAGAACAACACCAUCCACAUGGUCAAGAGCGCAGCGAGCAACCCUACCCAGCAGACCUCGACAUCCGGUUCCACCCCUCGAGCCGUUCCAGACAACAUUUCGGCUGGAACCAACCCCAACGAUCCUCUAGCUGGCCUGACCGGCGCCCGUUACGCCGGUCACCAGAUCAACUUCCCGGGCAUGGACAUGUUCGGCCCAGAUGGCGGUAUGGGUCCCCCCAUGGACGAGGAGCGCAUCCAACGUAUGAUGUCAGACCCCAAUGUUCAGCAGUCCAUGAACGAGGCCUUGAACAAUCCCGACUUUGUCAACAUGCUCAUCGAAUCGAACCCAAUGCUCCGCAACAUGCCCAACGCAAGAGAAAUCAUCACAUCCCCGUUUAUGCGACAGAUGAUGAGCAACCCACAGAUGAUGGGCCAGGCCAUGCGUAUGCAACGAAAUAUGCGUGGGGGAGACUCAUCUUUCCCAGCCCCUGGCGCCACCGAUACCACGCCAGAUGCUGCUGCUGGCGGCAACCGAUCCGCUGGCCAGGCGAACAACAACCAGCCAUCAAAUCCUUUCAUGAACCCAUUCAUGAUGCCCGGAAUGAUGGGUGGUGCUGCUGGGGGUAACAACGCCAUGAACCUUGCCCAGAUGCUUCAAAGCUUAAACGCCAUGAGCCCCAACCCGACUGCCCAAGCUACAACAACCAACGCUUCCACCACUGGAAACUCCCAAGGAACCACGCCAACGGCCGAGUCCCGAGAGCACCAGCCUGCUACUUCAGACACUGGAGCAGAAGGGGCUCCUCAGAACAGUCAGACCCAAAAUGCUGCCAACAACCCCAUGGCUCAAUUGUUCGCGCUGACGGGGGGCAAUGCGCUCAACGCCCACCCGAACUUUGAUCUGUUGGAGCAAUUGUCGAUGAAUCUCGGAGGCAUGGGCCCAGGUAUGCCAGGCGCAGCCCCCGACAAUCGACCGCCGGAGGAGCGAUAUGCCGAACAGCUGCGCCAGCUGAACGACAUGGGGUUCUACGACUUUGACCGAAAUGUUGCGGCCCUGCGAAGGAGUGGAGGCAGCGUGCAGGGCGCCAUCGAACACUUGCUAAGUGCUACAGAUUAA